AUGAGAACUAUCAGUGGAAUUGAGACUAUUGCAGCGCACUACCAAGAGAUGACACGGAUCGGAGCUGUAGUGAAUGACAUUCGAAAAAAAGUUACUCACUCGGCUCCUGAACUGUCGAAACGAUGCCGAAUACUGAUCAAAUGUUGGCAGAAGUUAGCUGAACCAAAGCCAGCUUCCAGUAGUUCUUCUUCUACAAAUGGGACUCCAAGCUAUGCUUCUUCUUUAGUUAUAAAGGGUCUUACACCUGUAACACCUGCUCGUGGAGCACGAGUUACUCCAAGUAACAGUUCUCGUCUUACGGCCUCUGGCAACAGUCGUUUGACACCAGUCAAUUCUCAUCUUACAUCAUCUGGAAGUUCUAGUGCUCAAAGUUGUGUCACUUCCUUGGCGACUUUGAAUGGACGUGCUGUUGUUCCAUGUCAGAGACUGAGACAGGACAUAUCUUCAAAUGCAUUGGAAUGCGAAAGCAUGCAAAAAGCAUAUACGGUUGGUUCUGAUCUCGCCAUGAAAGCAGUCGAAAAUUCAUUGUCAUCCUGUGGUGAAAUGAUUCGGAAUGGGAAAAGAAGAUUUGAUCAUUCUGGGAGUUCCGACAUAGAGUCAGUUAAUGAAACAUAUGGCGCACCUCUUUUUGUUCAAAAGAUUUGUAAACGUUUGUGCUACAACUCUCCUCCGGUCUCUCCUGCUGUUCCUCAUCAAUCUUUGCUCGCUGCUCGGCGUGCUGAUGUGAAGUCAACCAGUGAAUUGGUUGCUCAAUUGACCGAAAACUUGCCUGGAUAUUUGUCAUUUGACAUACCCAGGACUCGAGAUCUCCUUGACAAUUUAGUUGAAACCAGUGAGGAAAAGCAACCAGUGAGUCCGUGCAUUGGUCAUUUGUGGAGAACGCCUGUUCUGUCAUCACUUCAAGCAGAAGUUAAUAGGAAGGAGAAGCGUAUUCCUUUAAGAAACGAUUUUAGUGAAAACAAAGAGAGUGUGGGAAGAAGCAGAUUUAUUGGAGAUGAUGAAGCAGAAAUAAUUAACAGUGCUAGGCAAACAACAGAAAAUGGUGAUUUCGUUACAGAUGACGCUCAAAGCUGCAGUGAAGCGUUUAAUCCUGAUAAAGUGAGGGCGCCAUUAAGUAAUGGAAAAUACGACUGGUACGCUAUGCUGCCGGCUUUGGAAACAUUGCGUAAUCGUGAGCAUAUUCGUGCCAAAGUGUCAGAGGAUCCGCGAAGGUCGUAUAUAAUCAACGUUCGAGGAAGAGAAGUAUUAGUUUUGCCUUAUAUUGAUAUUGGUUUGCCAGAUUUUUUGGAAUAUGGCUAUCCAGAACCUGCAAGAUUCUAUUCAGAUGUGAGUGUCAUACAUGGUGCUUCACGACCAAGUUGA